CCGCCGGAUGCGCGGCCAAAGUUUGCAGCGGGGACGGGCAGAAGCGCCCCCCACCUUUCCCCGCACCCUCGCCCCCCUGCCUUCGCUGGCCGCCCGGCUGCGGGCUACGAGGGGGGGCCGGGGGCGCUUCCCGCCUCCCCCCGCUCCCCGCAGCCCCCAGGGCCGGGCCGAGCCCCUCAUCCCCGCGACCCCCUCGGGGCUGCGGCCGGAUCCCCGGGGAGGGUUACGAUUUGCACCGCUAUUUUUUUUUUUUUAAAUUCCCCCCCCCCUUUUUUUUUUUCUUUCCCCUUUCCCUUUCCGGUGCUUUGUUUCGCUUUUUUGCUUUCGGAGCCAUCUGAGCCCAUCUUCUACGUGCAAAAACAGCGUGCGGAGAGGACGGCCACAUCUCCUACUGAAAACAAGUGGAUCUCUGUGGAUAAGAUCACCGGGCAGCCAUGGAAGAACUUACAGCUUUUGUAUCCAAAUCUUUUGACCAGAAAAGCAAAGAGAGCAGCAGCGGCAGUGGCAGCAGCAACAAGAAGGAGACGAUCACGUACAGGGAAGUUUUGGAGAGUGGGUUGGCUCGCUCCAGGGAGCUUGGAAACUCUGACUCUAACCUGCAGGACAUGACCGAGAGCAGCAACCACUGCCCGGUGCACCUUUUCAAAGACCACGUAGAGAGCGACAAGGACAAACUGAAGGAGUUCGCCGCGGGCAGGACGGCCGAAGGGAUCUACGAGUGCAAAGAGAAGAGGGAAGACGUGAAGUCAGAAGAUGAAGAUGGACAGACCAAGCUCAAACAAAGGAGAAGCAGAACCAAUUUCACACUAGAGCAGCUGAAUGAGCUGGAAAGACUUUUUGAUGAGACUCACUAUCCGGAUGCCUUCAUGAGGGAGGAACUAAGCCAGAGACUGGGACUGUCUGAAGCUAGGGUUCAGGUCUGGUUCCAGAACAGGAGAGCAAAGUGCCGAAAGCAGGAAAACCAGAUGCACAAAGGUGUGAUCCUGGGGACCGCCAGCCAUUUAGACGCCUGCAGAGUGGCCCCGUAUGUGAAUAUGGGAGCCCUGAGGAUGCCUUUCCAACAGGUCCAGGCGCAGCUGCAGCUGGAGGGGGUGGCCCACGCGCACCCGCACCUGCACCCGCACCUGGCGGCCCACGCGCCCUACCUGAUGUUCCCGCCGCCGCCCUUCGGGCUGCCCAUCGCCUCCCUGGCCGAGUCCGCCUCCGCCGCCGCCGUGGUGGCCGCCGCCGCCAAGAGCAACAGCAAGAACUCCAGCAUCGCCGACCUGCGGCUCAAGGCCCGCAAGCACGCCGAGGCCCUGGGGCUCUGACACGCUUCGGCCCCGGCCCCCCCUCGCGCACACACAGCCCCUUACUCGACCCCCCCACCCCACCCAUCGCCCCCGGCCCCGGGCCGCCCCGCCUCCUGCUCUCCGUUUUUUUUUUUUUGAAUCAUUUUUAAUUUUUGUCCUCUUUUAUUUUAUUUGUUUCUUUUUGAUUUCUUUCCCCUCGCUUUCUUUCCAGUACUUUCCGGCAGCCUUCUCCGGCUGCUCUCCUUCGCUUCAUCCCGCCCAGCAGAGACUUCGUGGCCGGGGGGAGCCGGGGCGAAGACGGUGACCGUUGGAGGCCGUUGGAGGCCGUUGGUGGCCGUUGGUUGCCGUUGGCGGCCGUUAGCGGCCGUUGGGAGCCGUUGGUGGCCGUUGGCGUGUGGGGAAACUCUCCCGGCCCCGGGUUCCCGGGCACACUCACACGCACGCACACACACACACAAACAAACACAAACCAGAGACUUUGAAGAGGAGAAAGUAGGUGGGAGGACAGACACACAGACAGAGAGGAGGGAAAGAGGAGAGAGAAAAACAAAACACCGUCACCACCACCACAACAACAGAGAAGGAAAUGAUCUCUAAAUUAUGUUAGUCUGUGAACAUUGGGGACCUUUGGAUAUUUUUUUUGACCCUGGCAAAAGUGAUCGCUCCAGCAUAACGUCAUCCGCUGCUGUCAGUUUUGCUACCUUGUGCAUGUGUCUAACUAAACACGUUUUGAGGAUCAAAAGUAUAUUAGAACAAAACUAAACAAAACAAAUAAUAAUAAUAAUAAAUAAUAAAUCCUUGGGGCUGGUCUCCAUUAAAGAUGACAUUUCUUUGUUGCCAACAGUAUUAUUUCACUGCCAUGAAUCUCUUCCAUCACUGAGGAGCUGCUGCUGCAGAACUGGUUUGAAUUUAAAUGUGGAAUUUCAGAUCUGAGGCAAGGCAGUUUUUUCCUUUCUUUCCUAUAAAAAAAAAGCAGCAAUAACAGAAAAUGUGCGUCUCAAAUGGCUAUGUCCUUUGAAAGGAAAAAAAAGAGAGAGAGACUAGAAUUUACUAAUCUUUAACGAUAACUUGAAAGAUGGAAACACUAAGAAAUGCACCUGUUUUGCCAGAAUCACCUGAACUCAAAGAGAUGUGUUGUGCCAUAGAAACAGGUCAAUUUUUCUAUUUUUUUUUCCAAAUGUCUGGAUCAUUGAAUUGAAAUCUUGCUGUUUUACAGGAUGUAGAAAGAAUGACUUAUACGACAAAGAUGGACAUAUGGUUUUAAGGCAUAAUACUGAUGCAGUGUUAAUUUUAGUGAAAUGCAAUUAAGUGCAGUAAAGUGCAAUACUGUAAAUAUUAUAGAUUAAAAAGAAAUAGCCGUACUUAUUCUGUUAAUAACCAAUUCUGCAAGAACCAUAACUUAAGUCCUUUAUGCUCAGACUGGUGCAUUGCAGCUCCUUGCCAAAAUGACAGUCUGAGUCCUCCAUGAAUGGAUAAAGUUAUAUGUAUCACAUAUGGGAAAAGGUAGAUGCCAUGAUUUCUAGUUGAGUCAACGUGCCAUGUUUCUGGGAAGUAAGCUGAAAAGUCUGUAUGACUUUUUUUUGCAAUCAUUUGAAGUAAAGAGAAAAACCAAACAAACAACAACCCACAGAAGUUUUGUAGAGGUGGACAAGUUUGAUAUUUGGCCAUUUUAAAUUUUGCCUGUGAUUUAGUUACCAAGUCUAAAGGUAAUGCUUAAACAAACUAAUAUAAAUGCAGAAAUGAUGGGGACUACGAAAAUCCUUUAAAUUUUGUUACCAAAGUGUCUGAGUUUACUGGCCCUCUCCCUUUCCCUUUCCUCCAUAUUUCUACUUUUUAUGCUAUUCACCUCUAAUGAGUUUAUUAUAUCUUUUUUUUUUUUUUUUUUUUGGGGGGGUGGGGAGAGGGAAGAGGAAGGUGCAAAUGUUGGUCUUGCCUACAUCUAACAAGACAGCUAUUUGUUGCCUUUGCUAUCAAGGCCUGCAUUGAUGGAAGGUUAUCCUCUCAGCAGUACUGUUAAGCCUGCUUUUUAUGUCUCAUUUAACAACUCAUUACUAGUUUUGGCUUUUGCUGAUGUUUAUUGAAUCCAAAUAUUACUGUAGGACAAAAAAUCAUACUGUAGAAAAAUUUUAGACACUUAUCUCUUUCUUUUUUUUUUCUUUUCUCCUUCAAGUUUUGAUAUUUUCUAGCAAGCAAAAUUUCCGAAAUAUCAAGGUUGUGCCAUUUCCCUUCUAUUUAUGAUGUGAGAAAUAGUUAUAUUAUGGAUUAGCAAGAGCUGAGAAAUGUUACCUGCCUUUUCUAUCUCUCUGUGAAAUCCCUGUACCUUUUUAAAACAAGGCCAAUAUGUUAAGAUAGUAUUACUUGUUGCUGAGAACUAUGGACAAAAAUCUCAAGCAAUUAACAUUUUCUUAUUGAAAGAAAACAUUACCUAGAAAGGAAAACAUUAUUCAUGAUGAUGUAUGAAUUUGUGGCUAAAGUAAGAAACUUUUAGAAUGGUUCCAGCACUUCUAACAUGCACAUAUUAAAAAUGAUAAACAUUACCAUAGAGAUGUUUUAGGCUACCAGAAGUAAUUUGUUAUACUCGAUACCUACAGCCACUGAAGGAGAAUUUCAUACAAAUUGUUGAAUACUGAAGGCAAGGGAGUUUUUGAUUUGGUGAACCGUUAGUUAUCUCUACCUGUGAUCCAACUAUUCCCUUUCAAGUCCUCUUUUGUUAGUUUAUGAGGGGCUUGUGUUAUUUUUCAGUCCUGUGCUGGACUUUCACAAAACAGUGAGUUUCACCCCUAAAUAAUUCUACAGGAUGAACUCAUUUGAAGCGUAGGUUUGGGGUCUGAAUUUUCUUGGAUGUUUUCAAAUGAGGCUGCCCGGUGCUCCCAAUCUCACAGCAUUGCAGGAUGCAUGUGCAGUAUGCAUCCCUCUCACAUUGGCAGGAAUAACUGCUCCACUAUUGCUGUUUUACUAGGUACCGACACAGCAAAAAUGUUUUUAGGUUUCUCUCAGAAAUUUUAAUGCAUAUUUUCUUUCUUGUAUUCAAAAAACUUUGGUAAUACAAAUGCAGUUCCCUGCUAGCUUAAAAUAAGGAUGGUAGUGUAGCAUAAUUCUUUACAGAAUGAAAAUUUUUUACAGAAUGAAACAUUUUUACAGUUUCUCUGGAUUACUAGGACCUUUUAAUGGCUGUCCCAAGGGCAGCUUUGCUCUCCAUCGCAGAAGGGAGGAAGAUGGCAAGAGUUAUCAGUUUAGCCUGUUUUGAAGGAGGUACCAAAGAUCGUCCUGGGGAAAGGGUCUGGACAUCGCUGAGAAUCUGCCAAGGUACUUUGUGCUGUUCUUGCAUUUCAUUUAACAUGAAAGGAAAUGGAAAGGUGCACUGAGCAAGGGCUGUAGCCAAAACCGGUUCUGCUUUGUUUAUUUCUAGAAUGGGUCAGUUGCACCAGUGGUGGUAUAAAAACUUUGCCGUGAUUUGGAUGGCUUCUUCUUGCCAUCCUCACGUCACUGGGAAGAAAUGAGGAGUUCUACUUGGGCUACAGUGUUAUGGGCUGUACUUUUUGCUGAGUGCAAGUCACUGUGGCUCUGUUUGCCUUGGAGCUCCAGUGAUCCAUACGAACUGAGAAUCUGGACUGAAGUGUCUACUCUGUCACUGUUAUCACGUGUUCUUUCCUUUGCAUUUUUUUUUUUUACUAAUUAUUUCUCUCCAGGAGGUUAAAGAUAAGAUAGCCAGGGUCCCAAGGUGCUUAUUAAAGUUUAAAAGUAUUGUGACUGCCUUAGAUUCUCAGGCAUGCCAAGCCUCAUUUGUGGUCUGUCAUCAUCCAACCUGAUCUUUGCGUUAUCUUUCAUGGAGAAGCAUGAGUUUUCCAAGACCAUGAAAACAGCAAGCACUGGGCAGAACUCCUUUGGAGCAGGCCUUUGUUUAACCUGUGUGGAUUGCUAAAGAAUCUUCCUCAAACGUUCGGUCCGGUAUUUUGAAAAAUAACUUGAAUGAUUGCCAAAUGAAUAAAGUUGUUUACAAACAAGCCUAUAAAAAAGGCUUUGUGCAUUACAUGGGUCCCUUUAUAAUGAAAAAAAAUAGCCUCUGAUCUUUUUUUGAACUGUCAAAUAAGCUUAAAUAUUUCAUCCAUUUGUAUCAAAAGAGCAAGCAGGUUCCAUGGUUCAUUUUUAUUGACUUGGAAAUGUGUGAAAAAAAUUAUACUGGAUUUUUUUUUUUUUGCUUAGUAGGGUCAUAUAGAUGUAGUGACAUUUUGGUUAAUAUCAUAAUACUUAGCACUUAUAUAAUGUUUAUUUGCAAAGCACUGUAUAAAUGUUUAUUAUUUAAUCUCACCCAUUAUGAAGUAGAUAAGAAUUAUUAUCCCCAUUUUUGUAGAAAUUAAGGCAUAUAAAUCAAAGACCAGUUUCCAUCACCCAUAGACAGCACCGAGUACUUUUACUUUUGAUUUUGUAAUGUAGCAGCAUCCCCCGGAUCAUAAUCUAACAAGAAGUUCAUGGUGCCAGGCACCUUUCAAAACUGUGAGUAGCAGAGGCACAGCUCCAAGGCAUUUGAACACCAUACCUGACUUUAUCAGAAGUCUGAAAGGGAACAUUGAGCAUGAUUCAGAGUGGCAGCGUGUUCUCCACAGAACAAGAAGUUACUGCCCGAUCCUCUGACCUUGGACAUCAGUGGGAGUUCUGUUUGUGACUCAGCGGGGCCAAGUUGUGACAGUGCUAAGGCUAGAGUUGAAAAUCAGAGUUCCCAACGGCAUGCACAAAUUGUUAGAAAACCCCAAAUUUCCAGCUUCCCCUACUAUAAAUUUUUCACAAAGACCAACUGUGCUGAUGUCAAUCCUUUGCAUGCUUUACCUGCUAUAUCUUUCAGUCUUAUGUUUGCCUAUAAAAUAAUAAUGAGACAUGAUUUGGAUUGACAUAACACGUUGGGACUGUUGACUCAAAUACAGUAGACACGUAGUCCUACAGAAAUUCAGAUCUCUAAGGCAAGUGCAGGUUAUGAUUUUUUUUUUUUUAGUGACAAAAAUACGGAUGCUUACUGCUCUUUUAAAUGUGCUAGGCAAAAUAAAUUGUUUCUUCAUUUUUUUUUUAAACAGAUUUUUUUUUUUUGAGACAUUCUUACUUUGGAGAUGGCAGGCUUUUUCCCCCUUAAGUUUGAGAAAAAUUUUUGAAGUAUGGAAAAGAUAGAUUACAAGUCUUUCUUAGAAAUAUGUUUAUUUUUGUAAUGUCUAAUAUCUAAUGAUCCAGGUGACAUCCUUGGAAUUGCUAAUGGUACUCAACUCUAUAAAGUACACACAACCAAUAUGGUUGGAAAUUUUGUUGUGUUUAAGAAGGAUUAUCAAAGAGCCCCAGUUCUCAUCUGUAAGCAGCCUACUGACCCCACUGUGGUGUUUUUUUCCCCUGAUAUGUCAUAGUUCCCAUGGUUAGCAAGUUUCAAAAAAGCUGUGGCUAACAUAGUCGCUUGAAAACUUCUACUGGUUGCAGUAGGAUGCGGUAUACCUGGAGAAGGCCUGGUAUUGGAAACAGUAAAAAGAAAUGCGAUGUGCUGCAGAGUGCGAUCUCUCCUUAAGAGAAUAAUUGAGCCUUUUGCUUUAUGACUCAUGCUGUUUGUAAAAUUACAUCUCUAAGCUGCAUCUUCUUUAAAAGGUGCACCAUGGGUCUUAUUGAUGUAACCCAGUGGCUGUUAUUAUAUUGGUUAUUUUUGUUAAUUGGCCUUUCGAGCUAGAUCAGUGAAAGGCCAUAGGCUUUGGCGUUUGAGGCAUUCUUCAAAAGGGGUAUGAUACCAGGUAUCCCUCAAAUUUUGUUUGUCUGUUAGACAGAUUUAAUGCUAACAGUUGGUGCCUAAUUUUAGUAAAUCAGCCUAGAAAUUUUCUGAUUUCCAAUAAACAAUUGAAACUUGAUGCAGUUCAUACACCUUAUAUUGAAAAUUGAUAUUUAACUAAAAUCAGUUGAAGAAUGUAGAAAAUAUCAGAUUUUGAAGCUUAAGAUAUUUAUUGAAAGGCAAUGCUUUCAUGAAUCUAGGCUUAUGGUAUGUAUUAAUUACAUCAAAGACAGGCAAAUAUCUCUGUUCCUUUGUAUUAAUGUAUGUGGAUGUUUUAUUUAUUGUUUUGUUUGAAAAUUUCUAAAUGUGUAUUAUUUUAAUUAUGUUGAGUGUAAAUUUGACAAUGUUUUGCAUUUAUUUUUAUAUUUUUUAAACCUGUUGCUUUUGCAAAACUAUGAGCAGCCAGUGCGAUUUGCAGUACCAUUGCGUUGUUUUGGUUAUGUACACAUAGUGUGUCUGAGUUUACAGACAUUUCAGGGAUUGCUAAAAUGAAAAAAAAUAUUCCAAAACCAACUCGUCUUAAAAGUUUGUACCCCUAUGCUAUUGUGGAAGAGAAAAACAAAUAAACAAAAAACUUUUUAAGGUUUCGGUUAUGCCAGCAUGCUCCUACAUGAAUUCACCAGACAUGUUGAGUUCCAGUUUCAGAGUGUAUUAUGUUGAAUCACAUGAUAUGAAUGUACAUCUUGUAAAAGUGAGAUAUGAAUAAACUUAUAAAUAU